CAAAAAUGGCGUUCCCUGAAUGAAUCACUUGGAGGGACAGAAAAUGUUAUGAUUAGACGCUAACGUCACAAAUAGCUUUGUUACGCAUGGCGUUGUUGGGAAUUUCAGAUUUGUGUAUUUAAUAAUGGCUGCUGACUCAGGCAAGCCAACAAGCCGAGUUGACAUGAGAGAAGGUAGGUUUUGUCUACCAGGGUCAGGAUUACCGGAGUAGUUUCAAGUUUGUAGUUGUAUUGUCAUUGUAGUGAGUGAUAUGUAUAAGUGAGUGGUAGUAAAUAUUACUCAAUUAGGCGAAGGCUUGAUAAAGGCACUCUAAUCUAAUAAAUGAUUGAAUUCAUCAACAAACGCAAAGAACCAAAUCAAAAACAAAUGUUGGUAAAGUGUCGUUUUUUCUUCUUUCAACUUUCAACUUUAUUUAUAUUGCUUUUUAAAAAAAUAUUUUAUCAUCAUCCCUCAUCAAGUUUCAAGUCACUAUUUUCAUGAAAUCGAAAUGAAAAUAGUUUUUAAAAAUAAAAAUUGCAAAACACUUUUAAAAGUAAAAGAUUAAGUCAACACUCCUUUGAAAUAAAUGACAAGUACUAUUUACAAAGUAACGCCAAAAUGAAAAUGAGUUGACUUAAACUAACUAAUUAGUAUUGGCACUAUUGGUCAUACUUCUAUAAAUCUAUCCACAAUUUCAUGGAAUAUAUUGUUUAUGCAAUUUUAGAUUUAGGCCUAUGCAGCUAUGCAUAUUUAUUUUAUUAGUGCUUGAAGGACUUUUAGCAUAUUAAUUUUUUUUUUUUAAAUAAGACCAUUGUCCCCCAAUGCCCCUUGUUUGAGUGCAGUUUUUAUUUAUGCGUACAGACUUUGCAGUUUUCUAAAUUAAAUUUCCAAAUUUUAAUAGUUUAAAAUUAAGCUUGGUUAUGAGUUACCAGGAUAGUUUAUGACUUAUGAUAAGUAGGCUGUAUCAUACAUGUAUGAUUAUGAUAAAACAUAUUAGCAAAUUUCAUUAUUGGUAAAAAUGUCCACGAUUGUUUUUCUUUUAGUAAAUUAAUUAUUAAUCAGUAAUGUUCAAAAUAUGAAGUUAAAAUUUGUUGUGAUACUGUACUAUUUCAUUUACUAAAAUAAAGCACCAAAAAAUGUUGUGUUAACAGUGUUUCCCACUAGCCAGUUGAUAAGCCAGCAGUUAUUCAUUACUAAGUUAAAGCAAUAUUUUGUUAUUUUUGCCGUCUGUCUAAAUUAGGUACUUCACUAAGCCGGUCGAUUUUUUGGAUGCGAGAAAAAGACCAUUAACAGGCGAACGGUCAAUGCCGGUAGGUCAUGGGGUCAUAUUUAGAUUUCGUUUCCUUUGUCUACGUAAGGGAGAGACAAUGAACUUCCUAUAGUCUGUUUUGUGUACACGAGGAGGACGAUCAUUACAAAAUAAACUUUUUCACCGGACUGACAGGGCUUGUGGCAGAUAUCUUUCGUUGGGAAAACAGGUAAUUUUGCUGGCGCUAUAUUUUGGACACCAUUAUAUUGCUAUUAAUUCCUUUUGUAUUGAAUGUAAAAACGAUUUAACUAAUUGAAGCAAGAAACAUAAUGACAUUUAGAUAGGCCGUAAAUUGUAUAGACAGGGCGUCAGGUUGUAAAUUUGAGCAAUAGCUCAUAAUCAGUUAUCGAUAAGGCCAAAUGAACCGGAAGUGAUAACCAUUCUCUGUUGUUAUUAUUCUUAUUGCAUAAGAAGUAUUUAAAAAUCUUUAUAAAUCUAUUGUUUUUAAAAGCAAUCCAGUUCAUUUUUAUUAUUAAACUUGUUUUUAUUUCAUGAAUGAAAACAAAUUUAUAAAAAUUUUAUGAAAUUUCAUUUUUUUAAAUAAUAAAAUUUACAUCCGUGAUAACCAUGUCAAAACUAUAUGAUAUAUCAACUUGAGUAAUUUAAAUAUAUGUUGUAAUUGUAAUAAUUAUCAAACUUCACAACAGUGAAUUAUAUAUUUGGAAAUUAAAUAAUGCCCUUAAUGAUAUAAUUUAUCUUAAACCCAGAUUAGAUACUGUAAACAAUGAAUAGUUGUAGUAGUAGUAGGCUCAGCAGCUACUAAACUAAACGUCAUCAUUUAUUUUGAUUCAACUUCAUUAUUUUAUUUACCUUUUUCUUCUACAUAACCUAUCUCUCUUUUUUCAUUUUACUUUUGUAUACCCUAUUUUUUAAAAAUUGUAUAUGUCUUUCUUGCCUCUAAACUUAACUGCUUUAGCUCAAAGCAGUUAUAUUUGACUUUUCAGACUUAGCCCAAUCUUUGGUUUGUAUAUGAAAAAUGUUGUAAAAUCUCUUAAAUUCCUCAGCAUUUUCUUUCUUUUAAAUACACAGCCAUGUCCCCACCACUUUCUGGAGGAGCUGUGCUUCUAGUACUACUACCUAAGAUUCAUGCCUGUCCAUUUCAAUUGAUGCACGAGCUGUCAUGAGGACUCAUCAAGACUUUUUUAUAUAAGUAAAUUUAUAUCUGAUAAUGUUCCUUAAUGACUUAAUGGAUAUGAGAUACAAACUACUUGAUUUAAUCUGAAUAAAAGUAAUUUUAGAACAUCACAGUAUAAUAUCUAUACAUAUUUGAUAUACAGCAUAAGUAAAAUAACCAUUGUCUUAAUUAAUGAAUAAUUUAAUUACAAUAUUAUCACACUGAAUUACACAAUCUUAAAUUAAAGACAUAUAUAAAUUAAAUAAGCUACCUUUUGUUACUUAUGUUAAAAUGCUUAUUUUGUGUUAAAUUAAAUCAAUUUUCAAUCUCUAUUUCAGUUUGUUUGGACUACUAGACCAUAUUGAAUUACAAGGAGUUUGUGUUGCGAUGAAGCGGAAAUAAUGCCUCUUCUGCUUAGACGUACUGACUACCUAGCUGUGCCAAGUGUUUCUUCCGCAAAACAUCUCUAGAUACGUCUUUGGAAUAUGGCUUCUAAUACCAAAAUGUGUCUGCACGAACAAUUUCACUUAAAUUGUUGUACCAGUCUUUCCUGUUUUAACAAAAACCUAUCAGGUGUGACUGCAUGUCCAACUGGACAAUCCACCAGAGCAUAAUUUAACAGCUAUUGAUAUUUUUCACCAACUACUGCAUUUAUAUGGCAAUUUAUAUACUCAGGACUCCUAUUUAUCAUCAUGAUGGGUGGAAGCAACAAUAUUGACACAAAGUAAACCAUUGUGGAAAACCAUUCAUUUCCAAUGGUAUAUACACUCAGGACUCCAUUCAUCUGUGUCAUAAACUGAAUCAUUACCAAUGGUAUCUAUAACUGUUACAAAUUUGAUCAGGAUUGCCAUGGACUCAGCCAACACAUAACUUGUGACCAUCAUCUUUCUAUGAAAGAAAAUAUAUCUCUUUUAUUCAGCCGUUCAAUGAACUAUAGACUAUAGAAGUACUAAAAUAAUAUUAAGUGAUAAUCAUUUGUACUGUGGAUUUCAAAUAGCAUGGCUACUUGGAUUAUCAAUUUCAUGGAUUGAAUCAUGGAUGAUUGGAUUUGACAUAUUAUGUGAUAAGCAUUUUUUCAAUGCAACUUAUCCAUUAUAAUACAUUAUUUUAUAAAUCUUUUCUGUGGAAUUAUUCACAGAAUUAAUAUUAAUUUACUAGAUGAUUGUGUGCAUUAACACAAUAGGUUGAAUUGGUAACAUUUAUGCAAUUUGUAUUUUUAAUGCACAAACGGGCUAAAUUUUGAAAUUAAAUCUAUUCACUCUCUGUUGCUCAAAUGACACUGAUUUAAUUCAUUUAUUGAUGUAUUAAUAUUUAAAUGGCUUAUUAUAAAGGCCCAAUGCCUAAUUAAACUAUGCUGAAAAUUUGAAGGCUUUAGCUUUACAGGGAAAAUAGUUAUGGCAUUUUGAGUAUUGAGAAAGGGCGCUACAUUUUUAAUGAAAUUUACUUACCCUCUGUUGUUAAAAUCCAGCGCAUUAAUACAUUAAUCAAAAUAUUAAAAUGAAAAUGGCUUAUUAUAAACGCCCAAAACCUACUUAAAUUAUGCUGACAAUUUGAAGGCUUUAACUUUACAGGGAAAAUAGUUAUGCAUUUUGAGUAUUAAGAACAAGCUCUAUGUUUUUAAUGAAAUUUACAUAACCUCUGUUCGUCAAAUCCAGCGCAUUAAUACAUUAGUCAAAAUAUUAAUACGGAAAUGGCUUGUUAUAAAAGCCCAAUACCUAAUUAAACUGUGUUGAAAAUAUGAAGGCUUUAACUUCACAGAUAAAAAAAGUUAUGGCAUUUUGAGCAUUGAGAGCAGGCGCUACGUUUUUAAUGAAAUUUACAUACCCUCUGUUCGUCAAAUCGCACACAUUAAUAUGUUUAUUGUAGUAUUUGCAUAACAAUGAUUUAUUAUUAAAGCCAUAAACUUAAUUGAAAUGCGUUGCAAAUUUCAAAGCUUUUACUGUGCUUUUAAACUAUCGCAUUUUGAGUGUCAAAGAUGUCUUUUUUCGGUCACAGAAUUUUGGAAAAUAUUUACUAAGGCUAUGUAAGGAAAAAUUCUGACACUAAAAAUGCGAUAACUUUUGUUUUAAUUAAGAUAGAAAGAUAAAAUAGGUAUCAAUGGAAAGGAAAUACUGAGUCCUUUCUAAUGAUAUAAGUUUCAUUAAUAUAUAACAACUUUGAAAUUUUUAGUGUAGUUUCUUAUAGAUAUAUAUUAUAAUAAUUCAUUUACUAAUAUUAUGCUUAAAAUAAGGAAUUAAAUUCACUAUUUUGAUGUAAAAGUAAUUAAAUUUGCUAAAACAAUAUUUUACCAGCAUGAGCGAUUUUACUGGCAAUUUUGGCCUAGGUCAAAUUACAAUUUUUGUUUCAUUUUUUUCUUACACUUUUUUUUAUUCCUUUUUGACUUCAAUGACCAUGAACUAAUUGUAGUGGCUUUCUGUUCUUCCAUAGUUGUACCAUUAGCCAAUUGCAUGGCUAGGCUAAUGAUGUAUUAAUAAUAUAGAGAAAAGCCAAAAUGUAUAAUGAUUUGGCUUUACUUCUCCUGUAAAAUAUAAUUUCCUUUCUGUUUCACUAAACUGUUUUAUGAUUACAUGCAAUUUUUGUAUAAUCUGAUUCAUAUUUUCAAGUGCCUUUUUCAUUGAACCAACAAAACAGCUUAGGAACUGCUAAGAGAUUUACCAUAGUGUAAAGCUCUAAAACCUUUUUUCAUGUGCUGCACACUUAGGCCCUUGCCAUAAGUCUGAUUCACAUCACAAGUAUACACUGUACUUGUUUUCAAAACCUAUUUGUUCAAAAUAUACCCCUGUUAAAAAUAUUCCCCCCCCCCCCGUAUUGGGAUGGAAACACCUAAAAAGUAUAUAACCCGAUCAUAUGCUACCCUAUGAAAUAAUAUGCCAGUGUAAGCAAUAGGGUACCAAAGAAUAUCUAGAAAGAGAGUAUGCUGUUGCUAAAAAGGAAUGAAUAGGGGCAUCAUCUAUUUUUUAUUUUAUGUAGUAAAAAGUGGCUGAUGCACACGAAUUAUAAAUUGUUGGUACAAUCAAAUUUAGUAAAAUAUGACAUUACUUUUUUUUUUAUUUCAAGAGAAAAAUAAAUCAAAUAUUUAUUAAUAUUUGAUGAACAGUAGAUUAGGACAGCGGCAACCUUCAAUAACAAUAUGACUUCUUCAUUAGCUUUAUUUCCAUGAAUUACUUCAACAACAAAAAAAAUGUCAGCUCUACAAUGAUAAUUUACAGUAAUGCAUUUCCUUUUAAUUUCUUUUAAAGCAAUGGAAUGAAAAUUAUGUGUAUGUUUGGCUUGCUGUUGAUUGUUCUCUUUCCAUUUUGGGAUAUUUUUUGUGUGCUUGAGCUUGCACCAAAUUAAGCGGAGUAAAUUUAGGUGUAAAAUUUUAGGGAUAAGUAGGUUUAAGGGUAAUGUUAAUUGUUAGCAAUAACCUGUCGAAAUGGGGAAUGGGGGGGGGGGGGUUGCACAAUAGAAAUAAGUCAUAGUAAACUAUCUAGCAAGCAUACUAUGGUAAUUAUGAAAUAUAUGACACCAUAAAAAAUUCAUAGUGUCACUCGCAGGUUUAGUAUAUUCCUACAUUAUUUUUUUUUAAAUAAAUUUUUUUAAAAAAAAUUAGUAGUCAAAUAUAAUCUCAUUGUAAUAUCAAAAUUGUUUUUGAACAAUAUACUUCAAUGAGUUGAUUCAAACGCGAGCAGCAAGUUCGGCUUCAGUAAAAACCCUGCCACUUUUACACAUUACACUAAUAAGUAUUUGAUAUUUUCCAUUGACUUUGUAGUUGAAUAAAGCAGUUUCCUGAGUUCCCUGAGUUUACUUUGAACAACUUCAUUUUGUGGUGCUUUUUGAAAUACUCUGAUUUCUCAAAUAAAAAUACUUUGAGUAUUUUUGACAACGUUGUCUUGGGUACACCAUAGCACUGUCACCCUUUGCACAAAGAAUCAGGCACAGCAAAUACUAGAACACCAACACUUGGUUCAUCUUUAUUCCAUGAACCUUUCACCAAGAUCCACUUGAUUGCAUAGCCUAUUCAAAACACAAGAGCGAUCAUUCACUAACUUUUGUCUUGAACUCUCUCCAUAAUCAAUUCCUAUGAACUCUCUUGAUCUCAUGCAUAAUAUUCACGCUCUUUUUUAUAUGCUUAACCUGUCAUCCGAAGGCGCAAUAAUACAACACAUGACAACACUCACAGACCAAAAAGUGUUCACAUUAACAACAGUGGUUCUCAAACCCUUGACAGCGCUAAAGUUUCCUUGAGCUGAUUCAUUCUUACAAUGUUGACAUCUCUGUACUUUUAAGCUAAACUUUGUAGUGCCUGUACUCUGCAAUAGCAGUAAUGGUAAUUCUCUAAAUUCAACACUGUUGCAGUGAUAUAUACAAGUCAAUUACAUAAAUUUAAAUGCAGGUUUUAUUUUUCAUUACUAAAAAUAAUUUUUAUGUGUGUUCAACAGGUAAAGAUAAAACUCAAGUAAGUCGUUUAAAGAAAUUGAGGCGUCGAAUAUCAGCAAGUUUUGGGAGGUUAUGUAAGUACUUCUUUUAAAUAGCAUUUAUAUGAGUUUUAUAGUUUUAUUUCUCCUUUUUUGUAUUUUAAUAUUGCAAUCACAAUAACAUUUUGGGUGAUAUAUUUAUUGAUUAAUAUGUCAGAACUGCAGAGUCAUAAAAAACAAAUACUUUUUUGACUUCAUAUUCUUCAGUCUAUUUUAACUGUUUGAUAUCCUGAAAGUUUUUUCCCUGCAGAUUAGUAUUCCUUUCACCCAUCCAAAAGGCUUUAAAAUGUGUAAUGGGUUAUUUUUACAACGAUGGGAAGUAAAAGUUAUGAUUUUUAAGACAUCCCUUAGCAAUCGAGAUUAUAAUCUAUUCUAAUGUUAUUUAUUGUAUUCAUUUCUUUUUUUUUUUGUAAUUAAACUAUCUCAUUUCAUAUGGCAGGGUCCAGGGAUGGUAAAUAUGAAUUAAUUAUUAUCUGAUUGAGCGUAAUAAUUUGAUUUAUUUUUUUAAAAAGACGCUGUAUUUUAAGCUUUUUUAAUCAAAAGUUGAAUGCAAGUCAAGAUUUUAAUAUUUACACUGUGUCUAUAAAAAAAAAAGGAACCCUUUGUAUAGUGAUGAAAACUAAUGGUAAUAGUUAUCAAUUUUUAAAAAAAUUAUUAUUAUUAAAGUGGUCUUAUAUAUCGUGGUACCCCAGCCUAGGGCUAGGCUCACCAGGCUUCACAUAAAAAUUAGCACCAAAAAAAAAGGUGGGGGAACUCAUUUUAAUUUUAACACAAUGUUAAAUUUUAUCCAGGAACUUUCAUUAUUUUUGACAAGUAUCUCAUGACUAAAAUGAGUUGGAUUUUUAAAAUUGAUGAAAAUUUACUAGUGUUUUUCAUCAUCAAAAGGGUAACCCUCUUUUUUUUUUCCGACACAGUGUAAACUCGUCACAUUUUAGUCUGGCCCACAAAACAACUUAUCUACAUCAACAUAUUUUUCUUUCUUUUUUAGCAAUCAGUAAGGAGGAAACCAUACAUGAGAGUGACAAUGAAAUUGACAGUGUUUUUCCUGUAAGUUGAUGUAAUUUGCAUUAGUUAAAUGCUAGUGGGGUUAAAUAAGAAAAAGCAUUUCAUUGUUGUUCAGAACAUGGUUUUAUUAACUGGUCUAAAACUUGUUAACAGGAAACAAAGUACAAUGUUCCAUCAACUUGAAAUAACUUAUUUUAAUAUAACACAAUGAGAAUCUUGGUGUGUGAUUAAAGUAGCAUUAAAAAAAAAAAUUAAUUGUGAAGUGGCAAAGUUUCACUAUGCAUUCUGAAAUAUUGGCUUUAGGGAAAUAUGGAAACCUCACAAAAUUAUAAAACCCAUUACUAAAGUUUAUAACAAAAAUAUUUAAAAAAGAAAUAUAGCAAGGAAUUAUUUGUUGGUUGAGGGAAGGGGGGUGGGGGUGAGGAUAGCUUUUUUGCUACAUUUCAUUUUGUUGCUCCCUAGUCUAUGUCGUCCAGCAAUGGCUACUAUCCUCAGAAGACAAGAUCAGCACCAGACACACCCCCUACAACAAAUGGUGGUCAUUCUGUGACUAAUGGCAACUCCAGUAGGGAGUCAAGUACGUUAACUAAGGGUGGUCCUGCUCAAGUAGUUGUUCCAAGAAAUCCAGGUACACUUUGCAAUGUCAAUAUUUCAUGGAUUAGCCUUUUUUUUUUUAUUGUCACACAUAAAUUACAUUAAAGAAAAGCCUCAAUUUCCCUACACCCCUUUUUAUUUCUCCUUCAAAUUUAUUAUAACCAAUGUUCCCUUUAAGGCCGCGCAGCUCACUCACAGACACCGCACAGCUCACUCACAGACGCCGCGCAGCAGUUUUGAGUAUCUGCGCAGCAAAUUUCCAUAUAAGUGUGUGAUUGUGGGCUGUAAAAUUUUACGCACAAAAAAAUUGAUGCUGUAAAACUUUGCACACAACUUUAAGAUUUUUCACACAAACCAGCAAACCUUAGAGGGAACAUUGCUUAUAACUGAAUUGAUUGUUUUCUGUUUUAAAAUAAGGUUGCAUAAAUCACAUUGUUCUUAGUAUUAAAAUCAGUCUCAACGUUCUUCAUAUGACACAUGUAUAAAUAUAUAUUCUUGAGAUUAAUAUCAGUAUUAAAAUAAAAUUCAGGACUUUAAACCAAAAAAAAAUUAAUUUAAAAAAUAUUAAGAAUUUUUAAAAAAUAAAAAAUAUAUUUAAUGUAGGUAGUUGUUAAUAAUCAGUAAUAUGUGGUAUCAAGAUAGCUUUGCUUUGACUCUUCUAAAAUUAGAUAUAUUUGUAACUGCCAUUUUUAUCUUAUAAAAAUAGUAUGUCAAGCUGACCUUGAUGCUUGGAAUAAUUAGGUAUUAUAGAAAAUGUGACUUCCUAUAAAAUGUAAACAUUAAAAGUAAAAAUAAGUCAGGAGCCAGCAUUUUAAAAAAAAAUCUUAAGCAUGAUACAUAUAUUUUUUAAUUGAAUUUGAAAAGUCAUGGGUAAGAAUUUUAUGGUGGCAUUAUAUAAAAAUUAUUCUUCAAAUAUUUUAUCAUUUUUUUUCCCCCCAUUAGAAGGCAGGCACACUCCUGUUAAGAGACACCAUUCAGCCGGCGACAUGUUAGGUGGGGCCCCCUUCCCGCCGGCUCCAAAGACCAUAAUCACAGAGAAACAGCCACGACCCAAAUCUGAAGGACAUGUGUACAGUCGGCAUUCUAUAUAUAAGAGGGCUGUAAGUUUUGGGGUCAGUAUACAAUGGACUCCUUUUAUUAAUACAAAAAUAACUUUAAGUUUAAAUUACAACACCAGUGCAACAGAUUUACUGUUCAAUAUUUCCUUAGGGUUUAAUAGUUCAAUCUCAGAUAUGGUUUUUAUAACAGUUACUAAAACUUUUUAUUUUUAAUAAGUUAGCUAAUGGUGUGAUAAUCCCUACUUAAAUGUGAUAUAAAUCUUAUGUUAUUUUGAGAAAUUUCAGUAAGAUUAAGUUUUUAGAAUUUAAAUGAAGCUGCUAAAAAGUUCCUUGUUAAAUUAUUUACAUUUAUGAAAUUGCAUGCUUAAUUUUACUUGAUAGCCACCGAGACAACACCAUUGCUUAGUUCUCCUGAAAUGAAUAUCAUAUCUAGCAUUCGUCUGUUAAGUGAUCACAAUCUGUUGCUCGCCAGGGUCCCUCAGCAUUCGGUCGUGCAGAUUCUUACAGCAAGCUAGAGCAACUGGGGGAAGGCUCUUAUGCCACUGUUUUCAAGGGGUUCAGCAGUUUAACUAACCAAGUUGUUGCUCUCAAAGAGAUUCGCCUGCAGGAGGAAGAAGGAGCUCCUUUCACAGCCAUAAGAGAAGGUUUGUUUUGGAGUUGUUCUUUUAUUAAUGUCUGCACCGAUUUCGCUUACGAGAUACACACUGGAAUAUUACAUGUCAGUUUCCCUCAGCAUAUUCAAGUAAUAAUUUAACCCUAUAACUGGCAAGUCCAUUUUUCUGUAAUAUUAAUCCAUAUUUUUAGCAUUUUCAUAUGCUUGUCAAAAAUGACAAAAUCUCAUACUUGAUGAAUUCAGAGACCCUUACAAGUAUGUAUUUUCUGAAAGUACAUUGGACAAGUUAUCUUAUGGCAUGAGAAGAAUUUGUUUUUUAUAUUAUGUAUGUUGAUUUCGAUCUUGACCAGUACAGAGUGAGUACAUUUUACUAAACUUCUGAAUUCAACCCAAAUUAAUAUUCCAUAAAUUGUUCAAACUCUCAUUAGAUCAAGUUUUUGAGAUAAUAGAAAUAUUAUUCUUUUAGAAAAUGUCAGUUUAUAGGUAUAUUGAAAAUUUAAUUUUUUUCAUUCAGUACCUUAAAAUGUCUGUCCUACAAAAUACAAAGGGGAGGCCCAAAAUGAGUUCAAAAAAUCCUUUUCAAUUUGAAGUUAUUAAAUCCAUUUUUUAAAUUAAUUAUUACUCCAGAAAAUACACAAACAUAAAUGUCUUUGAAUAACUUGUGAGUAGGUCUUUGGAAUAUAGUAUUUGUCUCUUCUGUUCAAUUUCCUCCCUUUCCGAAAUGAAUUGGUCUGAAACAAUACUACUAAGAUAAGGGCUAAAAUUGUCAAUAUCUAACUCUUAUCUCGCCAUCAUCGCUAAAGCAUAUACUAUCAUUAUUAGCAUGUGGAUUAUCUCUGAAAUCAUUGCUUUCAUUUUAAUCCAUUUGAAAUAAUUCCAAUAAAGAAAGUCUGUGUUGAUUUUGCAAUCUAGAGGGAGACAUUCUCCAGCAUCAGACAUUUUGGCGGUAAAAAAAAGAUAUGGGAAAAUGUUUACACACAAUUAUCAGUUUAAAAAAAAAAAAGCUAGAUAAAGGUGUGUUAACACACUGAUAGUAGAGGGAAUAGGCAGGAAACUCAUUUAUAUAGAGUGAAUUCCCCUUAACCAAUAUACCUUAAAUCAUUCACAUUUUGAAAGAUGAUUUUACGAGCAGCCGAUAAUAUCUCAGUGACACCACAUAAGGGGGUUUAACAGCCAAUAAUCAGCCUUAAUGACAGUUAUAGGCAAAGUAUUAAAUCAGCAAUUUCUAAAAGGAAUUUCAAACCUCAAUGUCGCACAGCAUCCUCACACACAAGUUUCUCACAGCAAUUUCAAACAUCACUUUCACAAAGUAAUUUCAAACAUCACUGCUGAAUGGGACAUAUAAGUAACAUCUGGCAGGAAGCUCAAAUAUUGAUGCUAAAUAUGUACAGAAAAAUUGAAAACACAUAAAACUGAAAAAUAUAUCAUUUAAAAAAUUAAGAGUAAGCUCUGAACCAAAUAGUUUGAAUGAAUAUGAUUUUAGGCUAUCCCCAACUGCUUCCAAUAGUUUAUAAAAAGUUUUAUCAGUAAUCCCCAAGCGUUAGUACACUCAUCUGUGACUUAUGACUUGAAAUGUUGGUGGAUUGCGUCAAGCAUGUCAUAUGUAUCUGCCUACUAUUUAUAUAUAUAUCUCUCAAUAUAUUGAUAUUAUCAAAGUUAAGGAUGUUUAUAUCAUGCUAUUUUAUAAUUUUACCUUUAGCUUCUUUACUGAAAGGCUUGCGCCACGCAAAUAUUGUGACCCUUCAUGACAUUAUACACACAAGAGAGACGUUGACAUUUGUAUUUGAAUAUGUGGUAAGUCUCUUCAACCUUACCCUUUGUGUUUGUUUAGGUCCGCCUAUGACCUGUGAUGCACCCUCCUUGCCCUGCCUCAUUUUCUGUCUCGGGUUAAUCCUGUAAUAUAGGCCAAAACGUACCAAAGUGUCCUCGUUUUAAAGCCAUUUUAAUUGUUUCUAUAGUAUAGUAGUUACUAUCCUAAUGUCUCAUUUUUAUUUUAGUUAGUUUACAUGUUUUUAAUAAUUGUAAAGUGCUUAGAGCUUUAAGGUAAGCACUAUAUAAAAAUGCCUAAAUAAAUAAAUAAAUAAUGGCAAAUUCUGUAAGUAUGGUGAUGCCCAUUUUAAGAGGUAUGUUAGAGUUACUGGGUAUAUAAAGGAUUAUAAGUAAAACUAUAAGUAAAAUUGUUUAAAGAUAUGGGGGGGGGGGGCUGAAAUUAUGACCUUUUUUGAAUACACAAUAAUAAUAUAUAAAAAAUAAAUAUAAAUUUUUAUAAUUAUUAUAAGUUAUGAAUUAAGAAGAUAAAAUUGCUUUCCUAUCAGCACACAGACUUAAGUCAAUACUUGGAGAGACACCCUGGUGGCCUGAAUACAUCUAAUGUCAAGGUAUGCACUGCUUUGAAUUUCUGACACCCACCGGUGUUUUAGACACCUUAUUUACUGAAGUUAUUCUUUUAAAACGCCAGAAUAAUAUUUCAUUAAUAGAAUAAGAUAGUUUAUUUAAUAAAAUUCAGUCCUAAAUGUAGUCAAAAUAAAUUAUACUUUUACUGGUAUCGUUGAUUUAUUAUUAGCCUUGCUUUUUUAUCAUUGGAUGCUCUACACUUCCUUCCUCUUCCAAAUUAAAUUUUAUUGGAAAAACUUUUCUUCUAAAUAUUUAUUUUAGAGCAGGGUUUGGCAACCUUUUGUUCAUAUUGUGCCAAAAUAGGUUUCCUAUUUCAUUCAGUGUAACAUAAACUAAAAGUCUUUCUUACAAGAUGCAUUUAAAAAAAAAAAAAGACUCUGCAUUUCAAGUCUUUUCAAGUGUGCUGUAGAUUGCAGAACCCUAGGUUAGAGGAUUACUGCGUUACAAGAUAGUUACCCAAAGAGGUUUAUAGAAGAUUUGAAAGUCGGUAGAACAAUAAUUAAUUUAAUUAAUUUUUCAUUCCUUCACCAGUUGUUUUUAUAUCAGCUUCUUCGGGGCCUGGCCUUUUGUCAUCAACGCAGAAUCCUACACAGGUCAGUUGUUUUAAGCCCGUGUAGUAGACAUAAAAUAUAUCAAACUAGCAGAAUGUACAACAUUAUUGCUGCCAUAAGAUAUGUUCAGAUUACCUUUUUAUUUUAUUUUGGAAAGCUGAACAACCCUAUUGAAAGGCUGAGAAGCUAGUUCAUAGAAUGCAAUCUAUGUAUACCUUAUACAUAUAAUGGGUGUUAUUGAACAGUGUAUUAUGUAACAUCCAUCUCUGUGGCACUACAGCCCAUGCAGGGCUUUGGUCUGCCUCACCACUUCCUGCCACUCAGACCAAACUGAUGCAUUUAUUUUCCAUGCAUGGAUUCCUAGCUGCUGUAGAUCUUUUCCCUUGGCAUCUAACCAUCUAAGCCUAGGUCUGCCUUUUAGCUGUUUUCUUCUGAGAAGUGUUCGGCUACGCAUAGUGCAUCUUCAUCACAGUCCCUACUGAGAGUUUUCAUUGUGGAUGGACACAGAAAGAAGUCAUACAGAGUGGGUCCGUUUGAAGCUAUAGCGUCUAAAUUAUGGAACACUUUGCCUCAGUCUUUGAGGGAAAUUAAAAAUGAUAAAAAAAUCAUUUAAGAGACAUUUAAUAACAUUUUUCUUUAAAUUGAUUUUAUAACAUCAGAGCUCUGUGAGCAUGCUAAAAUAGCAUGGACGCAAGCCUAUACAAGUAAUCAAUCAUAGCCUGCCCUUUUAUAUUUCUGCUACUAGCGUGAAAUCCUGAUUUUAGUUAUAAAAUUCCUGGUUGGUUUGUAUUCUCCAUCCAUAUUGAUCCAAGUGUAUUAUGUACUGUAAUCAUCAAUUUUCCAUUGUUUUAAAAUUUGCAAUUCCUGGGUGACUUGGUCUGAGCGUGCUUUGUAUUCUGAGAAAAAUAUUACUUUACAAGUUUGCGAAACGCCUUAGCCCAGUACAAUACAUGUCUAGAUUUUACCUGGAAAAGGGUGGGUGGGGGGGGGGGGGGUUGGUUGUGUUUGUUGUUGUUUCAUGGUGCCUGGGAGCCAACGGUCCACGCCAUGUACUUGUGUAAAGUGAUGAGUUUCAAAUAUAAGAGAGUAGUAGUUUGUAUAAAUGAUGUCCUGCUGUUUGUCUAGUUUAAAUGAUGUUCUUGUCUUUAUCUUGCAGAGAUCUAAAGCCACAAAACUUGUUGAUAAGUGAAAUCGGAGAAUUGAAGUUGGCUGACUUUGGUAGGUCUGAAGAAUGAACUUUUAGCUGCCUAAUCUAAUUUAAGUUAAAAACUUGCCCUCCUAAGGAAAGGGACAUAAUUCCAUUUUAAAAUGUAUAUGUCAUCUUUUAAAAAAAGGAAAAGAAAUUAGCAAUGUCAUCUUAUUUAAAUUUUUAUUAAAUAUCAAAAGGAAUGACAUGUUAUUUUCUCAAUAAAAAAUAAGGUUAUUUAAACCUUUUAAUUAUAAUAUCUGAAGUUGACUGUCGCUGCAUUUUUUAAAUUCGCCAGCAGUCACCAUGGUCAUCGAAGCCCACUUGUAUAAUUAUCUACGUUUAUUUAUAAUCUGUCUCAGAUAUAUACCUGCAACUCUAACAUUAUCACUAAUGCUUUCUCCAUUAAUUUUAAUAGAUUCUACAUCCAUCUGUUUGAUUUUUUCAUUAUUUAAACUUGCUAGUCUGGUGAGCUUAGCAGCUUAUUGCAAAUGAGCUUAGAAAGUAAUGCUGAACUUUGAACUCGUAACUUUGUUAACGAAAGAAGAUAAAAACACAGGAUGUCUCUAUUAAAUAACACCUUCACCCUUGAGUGCAACAGCAUAUUUUAUCAUAGGAAUGUAUGGUAGUUUAGUUGCUGGUGGCCCAAAAGAGCAUCACAUGUCCAUCAGCCUGACUUGCCAUUUUAGGCUGGCAAUGGUGUGAAUUUGGGAGGCGACGGCAGCCGCUAACGGCAGCAUAGGGUUAAAAUAAAACAUGUUUAUGGAUCUUAUGUUCUCAUGAAGAAAUCAUUGAAAUUUUAGUUUGUGUUUCUAAAGUGAAAAUCUCUGUACCUUUCGCUGGUGCAUAAAGAAGGUGUCCGAUUUAAAGCUUGGAGAAGUCUGAGGAAAACUUCCCACCUAUCAAUAAAAAUGUAUACUAUUCUAGUCUAAUUUUAAUAUUUUCAAAUCAUCUGUUUAGUUGAAAGAAAUAUUUGUGCUAUGAAAAUCAGAACAUUAUAAACAAUUAUUUUAUUUUAUUUUUCAUAGAAAUAUGUUUAACAAAUAGUUAUUUCAUCAUUCCAAUGAAAAUGGUCAUUUGUUCCAAAGACAAUGAUAAAACCAACCACAUAGUAAAGAGAACUAUGAAAAUGAUCAUUUACCAUCAAGUUUGAAUAUCUAACAGUCACUAUUGUAUGCUGUAUAAUAGUGUAUAUCUUGAAAGAUAUGAGGAUGUUUAGUUGUCUGUAAUGAUGUUAUUGUUUUUUUGUGUGGUUGCAAGUAGAGUAAAUAUUGGUUGUGAGUUAACUGUAUGGCCUUAUGUUUCUCUAGGACUUGCAAGGGCCAAGAGUAUACCCAGUCACACCUACUCACAUGAAGUGGUUACAUUAUGGUACCGCCCUCCUGAUGUGCUCCUGGGCUCCACAGAAUACUCCACCUCUUUGGAUAUGUGGUAGGGGUCAAACUUCUGUUCUAUACCAGAUUGGUUGAUUCACCAAGUUCUUUCACACAUUGCAAUAAGUCGUACUAGCACUGAAUCAACUCAAGUCCUUUUUGAUAAUAAAUGCAACUUUAAUAUCUAAUGUAAAUUCACAGACUGUUAAUUCCAUAUACACAUUUAUGACACAGCUCGCUAUCAGAGAGAAAUAAAACACAACCUCAUUUCACAAAGUUCCUGUCACGACUGUCGCAGGACUAAAACACUUUUGGGCAACGUUUAGAUCACAAGUCUCCUCCCCUACAGAUUAUAAAGAUAUCCCAGAUAUUAAAAAAACUUAAGGCACAACUAAAGUUGUAACUAUCUAAUGAUUAGGGACAUCUACAGCUGUGUCUGUCUAAUGGAUAGGAACAUCUACAGUUAUCUGUUUAAUGAAUAGGAACAUAUACAGCUGUGUCUGUUUAAUGAAUAGGAACAUACAGCUGUGUCUGUUUAAUGAAUAGGGACAUCUACAGCUGUGUCUGUCUAAUGAAUAUGGACAUCUAUAGCUGUGUCUGUCUAAUUUAUCCUGGUUUGGAAUGUAUAAAGGUAUCUUGAUUUAACCUGGUUUGGAAUGUAUAAAGUAUAAAGGUAUCUUGAUUUAACCUGGUUUGGAAUGUAUAAAGUAUAAAGGUAUCUUGAUUUAACCUGGUUUGGAAUGUAUACGUAACAUCUUUUGUUUGGGUAUCACUUCCUACAGGGGUGUUGGUUGCAUUUUCACUGAAAUGAUCUCAGGCCAAGCAACAUUUCCAGGUAUGAAAGAUGCCUUUGACCAGCUGAACCAGAUCUUCAAAGUACUGGGCACUCCCACAGAACGUACUUGGGAGGGUGUUACCAAGUUUGCAAACUACGAUCUCAGUAAGUUCCAUUAUUCAAACUAUUUUAUCAAAUGAAAUAGACCGGUUAGACCUAAUCUUUUAUCCAACUAAGAAGUGGUAAACUUAACAAGAAGCAGAGUGAGGCCUGGCUAGACCAGCAACAAGAAACAGAGUGGAGCCUGGCUAGACGAGCAACAGGUCACAAUCAUGUUUUUAACAAUGAAAUAUUUUUUUUAAAGAGCUGAACACUUUAUAUCUAUAGGACAGCAAUAAGAACAAAACAAAAAUGAAUGCUCUCCUUCUAGCCUGUUCACAUUGUAGCCUCUUUUUUUUUCCUGCCUAAGUAAAUAAACCACACAUUUUAAAUGAAAAUAGAUUCAUUGUUUAAAGUCCAAGUUUUAUGGAAUUUUUAGUUGUUUUUUUUUAUGCUGAUGAAAAGCAAUUGUGUUAAAAUACAGACUCAGAGGGCCAUUUUGAUAUCAAUUCAGAUGCGAUUAAUGGUAAUUCAUCACUUGAUAGUGCCAGCUCUGGUAUAAUAAAGAUUCCUGUAUUGCAAAUACAAUCAAAAUAAAAAUUGUCUUGACAAAAGUUAUUAAGUUUAAUGUUUCAUAACAUUACGUUUCCCUGGGGAAAAAAUGUCACAUGGAUAGAAGGGGAAAAUGUCACGUAGAUAGAAGGGUAAAAUGUCUCGAGGAUAGGAGGAGAAAAUGUCACAUGGAUAAAAGUGAUACUUGACUAGAUGCACCACGUGGAUAUCAAGAUUAAAUGUAUGCCCGGUACAUUUGUUUCCUCUGCCAUCAGCAUAACUUCAUGAUCACUUUUUUCAUCAUUAGAGAAACUGGACAAGCAUCCUGGCCAGUCCCUUGCAUGCUGUGUUCCAAAACUUUCCUAUGUGCCACAUGCAGAAGAGUUGGCAGCUAAAUUUCUCCAGGUAAAUGUCUAUCCCAAACUGUGUUGUUUCUCUUAGUCUAGUCAUUAUCAUGUUGCUUCUUCUUCUCCCCCCCCCCCCAACUCCAUUGGUGAAUGUCAUCCCCUGCUCUUACAACACAAGAACAUUUCAUGCCAGAAUCGGUCUCAUCAGCCAUCUGCGCCCCCACAGCCAAGUUCAGAAUUGGCAUAAAUAGAAUGUUUAAGGGGAUCAUGGUCGAUUUCGACUGCUGAACUAUAUAAAUGGGCUUGUACAUUAUCUGACCUGACAGAAAGUUCCCACUUAAUAUUUUAGAUGCAGCCUCCGAUGAGAAUCUCAGCCUCAGCAGCCAAGAGACAUGAAUAUUUUCAAGACUUGCCUCCAAGAAUACAUGAGUUGUCAGAUGGUGAGUACUCAUCAAGUUUAUUACAAAUCAUUGCAAAACUUUCUAAUGAAAGACUAAUCUUCACCUUUGGUAGAUUUACAGCAAAUUCAUUGUGCAGAUCUGUGUUGGGAAUGGUUAAAAAGAAAGGUUUUGUAAACCUCUACAAGUCAUAGUAUAAGGCAGUGGUUCUCAACCUCCCUAAUGCUGCGACCCUUUAAUAUAGAUCUUCAUGUCGUGGUGACCCCCAACCAUAAAAUUAUUUUUGUUGCUACUUCAUAUCUAUCUGUUUUUUGAUGGUCUUAGGCGAUCCCUGUGUAAGGGUCGUUCAACCCCCUCCCCCCCCCAAAGUGUUCACGACCCACAGGUUGAGAACUGCUGAUAUAAGGGAAUUCCUUUAGGGGGCAAGUAAAACCAAAGUCCUUGAGGCAAAACCCUUGCACGCUGUUAUUGGUUAAUCCAACCAUAAAAUUAUUUUUGUUGCUACGUCCUGUCUAUCUGUUUUUUGAUGGUCUUAGGCGAUCCCUGGGGAAGGGUCGUUCAACCCCCCCCCCCCCCCAAAGUGUUCACGACCCACAGGUUGAGAACUGCUGAUAUAAGGGAAUUCCUUUAGGGGGCAAGUAAAACCAAAGUCCUUGAGGCAAAACCCUUGCACGCUGUUAUUGGUUAAAGUAAAUAUGAUUGUGGAAACUUAGUUCUCACCAAAGACCGGUAAGGUUUCUACUUUAUAUACCCUAAAAGCUCCACUGUCAAAUAUUUCAUGUAUGCUUGUAACAAAAAACUUUGAUUUAGGGGCUAGAAUAUUUGUGCAAGUCAGAAUCAUUUGAGCAUUCUGUGAAAAGGAUAUCAUAUUUUCAGAUUUUGAACUGAACAGAAAAUUUUAAAUGGGAAUGUCAGUAAAAUUUAUUUUAGAAUAUGUAAAAAUAAAGCUCUGUUAAACAUUAAAUAGAUAAAAAUUGUCUCAAGUAAAAUUAGUUUGUGGAAUGUCAGCUCUUUGGGUUAUCAGGAAACUAACAAACCAAUCGAUCAAAGAUUUGAAUCUGGACAUCAAUUGAACUAAUAGUUUGUUGUUUUUUGUUUUUUUUUAACUUCCAACAUCUGCCCAAUCAAUCCAAAAGUGAUCUAGGUUAUUGACAGUGAAUUAAUGAUUUGGGUUAGGGACACAUAAGAGUGACAGUGAUGAAGGUAUUGAUUUUAGAAUUAUAGAAUCUUGAACAGACAGUUUAUAAAGAAUAUGAGUUUAAAAGAUUUUUUUUACAUAGAGGAUGAGUUUAAAGACAGUUUUUUUUUUAGCGUACAUGAAUAAUAGCACAUGACAACAAUGGAAUAACAAACCAAACAUAUAUUUAAAGAACUUGAUUAUUUUCCCAGCAACUUCUAUAUUCAACAUUCCUGGCCUUCGUUUGCUUCCUGAAAGUGGUGAUCCAGUCACUACCCAAAGACGACAGUCAUCUCGUUCAGGAAUCCGUACGACUCUCAAAAUGUGAUUUCAGAGUCCUUGUAAGUAAAUGUUUAAACAGACCUUGCAUCCUUUCUUUUGAUCCAUCAUAAUUUUAAUACGACAUUUUCUUUAAUAUGAAUUAGCUGUAGAAAAAGCUGUAAGCCAUAAAGAAUAUAUAAUUUAAAUUAGGCUAUUUAAAAAUAAUAAUGAAAAAAAGCUUUUACCAGAUUUUUUAGUGUAAUUUGCACAUUUAUUUCAUGGGGAUAACAACUUUAAAAGACUGCACUGAACAGCCAAGAAUCAAUUUUUUUAACAAAAUUAUCUUUUCCAUUUUAUGAAUUCAUGCUUUUUACCUUGCUCUAAUAUCGUACAUAACUCAAUAAUGAAACGUAAAUUCUAUUUAUUUUCAAAUCAUGAUUUUCACAUUCGGUCAUCUUUAUUUAUUUUACAGUUUGGGCUGAAGAAAUUGAAGUAGAUCUUCAGUGGCUGUUUUCUAUCUGAUGAUGAAGUCCCAAUAUGUUGGUAAAUCAGAUGAGUUUCAGUUCGUGUGU